AUGACGCGGUGGGAAGCGCGGGGAUUAGAAGGGGAUGACGCGGGGAUGACGGAAGUAGAAGGGGCACCUGAAGCAGGCGGGAGCAAAGGGCAGCACGGCAAGGAGGAAGUCUCGGGGUUGGUCAGUAGUCGUGUCAAUGUGUUAUUCUCUGUCAGGCUGCCUUUAGGGGGACCCAAGCUGCCGGGGGGAGGCCGCUUGGGGGUGGUGUUGGAGCAUUGUGGCGAUGACUCCCGCGUUGGAGCCCUCUUUGAGUCAUACGGCCCUUCAAGAUCGAGUGCUGAAGGAAGAGGAGAAGGAAUCAAGCUGCCGGGGGGAGGCCGCUUGGGGGUGGUGUUGGAGCACUGUGGUGAAAACCCCAGCGUUGGAGCCCUCUUUGAGGCAUUCGGCCCUUCAAGAUCGAGUGGUGUAGGAGGAGGAGGAGGAACCAAGCUGCCGGGGGAAGGCCGCUUGGGGGAGUUCGAGUUGAUGGGGAGCCAUGGCGAGAACCCAAGCAUUGGAGCCCUCUUUGAGACGCGCAACAAGCCCACAUUCGCCGGAUAUGGGCGGAUCGCUGCAUCAGGAGGAACCAAGCUGCCGGGGGAAGGCCGCUUGGGGGAGUUUAUCAUGGGGCGCCAUGGCCCGGACUCCAGCAUUGGGCAAGAUUAUAGGAGCUUCAAGGCGUUGCUCAUCCCACCGCCCUUCAUGCACGACCAACCGCGCCCGCAUGCUGAGGACCCUCAAAUCUCGACUCGGAGUCCGCAGGAGAGUGGUCUCUUGGAGGAGCAGUUGCGGCGCCAUGGGCGACUAGAAGCUCCCAUCAUCGCGCCUCCCUUCAUGCUCUACCAGCCUCGCCCAGCUCUCGAGGAGUUUGACAUAUCGAAUCUGAAAGCAGAUCACCCGUCAUCUCACCUGUUGAGGCGCCACGAGCAACUUGGGGACCCCAUCAUCAUCAGUGCGCCGCCCGCCAUGCACGACCACCCUCGCCCACUUCUCGAGGAGUCUGACAUGUCAAGGCAGAAAGCAGGUCACCUGUCAUUUCACCUGUUGAGGCGCCACGGGCUACUUGGAGUUGGAGACCCCAUCAUCAUCAGUGCGCCGCCCGCCAUGCACGACCAGCCUCGCCCACCUCUCGAGCUGCCGCCUCAAGUCUCGGAUCAGAAUGACCGCCACGGGCAACUUCAAGACGACACUAGUAUGCUGUCGUCUUUUGAGGCGUCUCAAAUGCCGCCUCAAGUCUUGCAUGAGAAUGCCGGCCAGGGGCAACUUCAAGGCGACACUAGUAUGCUGCCGUUGGGAUAUGCUCCGCCUCACUUUCCAAUGCAGCCUCGGGAGACCGUAGCGCUUCCUUCCCGUUCCAAGGGCCCGUCUGAUGUCCCUGCUUUGGAACGAGCCGCGGCUGAGCUGCUUGGAGAGCAGCAGCGACAGCAGCGGCAGCAAGUGGCACUGGAGAGGUGGAUCGCACAGGCCUUGAGCGCCUCUGCUUCAGAGCCUGAGUAUUUGAGGAUUCUUGAGGCUCCUGUAAGCCUGAGCGCCUCUGCAACAGAGAAAAUCAUGGCGUUUGUCCCAGGCUUUGGUGAUGUGAAUUCGGCCCAGCAGCAUCUGGUGCAGCAGCAGCAAGCAGCGACAACCAGCUGGGUGGCACACGCUGAGCUGGCAGGGCUGGCUCUGCCGCCCGAUCUGAUCCGAGAAUCUGCACAUGCCGCCCGGUUUGCACAGUGGCAGAUGCAGAUCAAGGAGCGAGCUCCUGGUGCUUUCUGCUGGCAUGCUGCCUCUAAGGUUUGUCACAAGGGCGAAGUAGGCCAUGGCUUGACGGUGGGAGAGCCUGAGCCUGAGCCUUUUGAGAAGCCUCCAAGGCCUCUUUUCUCUCAUAUCACCACUCCUGGUGGUUGCUGCACAUCCGCUGCUCCUGGUACCUCCUGCCCACCUAAUGCUGCUCCUGGUGUUUGUCAUACGAAGGAAAGAGGAGACGCCUUGACACAGCAAGAGCCUCCUGCCACGUGGACGCCCCUGGUUGGUUCAUUGUCGCAAGCAUCGCCUGUCAAGGCGCCGCAGUUAUCGGCUUUUGAGGCGUUGCAAGUACCGCCUGAGGAUUGGCGGCCGCGCAUUCGAGCACGACCGGAUGGGCAAGCGGUGGGGCUGGGAUGCAUUCAGCCGAAGAGCAUGAAGGAGAGGUGCCGGCGCGAUCGCAUCAGGUGA